CAUUAAGAAAGAAAUAGCUGAGUUCUAACGAGAUCGUAUUCAUUUACAGAGCAAGUGUUGGCCAGAAUCCCGCCCCGCUUGUGCCACCACGAGUGAGACCUCCACCGGAUUACGUAGCUUUUCGGAAAAGAAAGGUGGAGGAUUUUAAGGGAGACCAUUCAACGGACCCCAUGGAGGUUGAGCAGUGGCUAGCUAAGGUCACUCGUACCCUGAUCGAGAUGAGGGCGGAUGACGAGGACAGGGUACUGCUGACAGUGUCUUUGCUACAGGACACUGCUUACAACUGGUGGAUUAACCAGCCAGCUAGCCGAGAGGACCCACCAGCUGUCACCUGGCCAGAGUUCGUGCAAUCAUUUCGAGACCACUUUGUACCAGAAGCCUAUCGAAUCGCGAAGCAGAGGGAAUUCUUGCUAAUAAGGCAGAGGUGGGGCAACGAAGGGAAAGAAAGUGUGGCUGACUACACAGCAAGAUUUGACAAACUGUUUGCCUAUAGAGGACCUCAAUUUCAGGAUGCACACACACAACGCAUCCACUACCUGGAAAGCCUGAAGCCUCUUUUUAGGCGUCAGCUGAGUAUGCUGAAUUGGAACAAUAGAGAGGAGAUCUAUCAAGCAGCUCUCCGGUUGGAGAGGGCAGAUACAGCCCUGCACGAGGAGGGGAUGCAAAGAGAAGGGAACAAGAGAAAGGCUGCCAGCCUUCCCGAGGGGCCAAGCCAGCUGAGUCAUUCGAGGAGGAAACCGAACCAGAGCAACUAUGGGGCCACUCAGAGCCAUGCCGGCUCAACCCGAUCAGUACCAAACUAUUUUCACCGAGACCCAUGUAACAAGUGUGGGAGGAUUCACCCAGGAGAGUGUAAAGUACAUAUGGGAGGCAUAUGCUAUCACUGCAAUGAGCCGGGCCACUAUGCUAGAGAUUUCCCUAAGAGAGGAGGGCAAGGGAGAGCCCAGUCCGAGCAAUCAGUCCGGGGCGGAGGAGGAAGAACUCAGACCGGACAGCAGUUUGACAACCAGCCAAACCGGUCUAAUCACCAGCAGGGAGGAAAUGCAGGGCGGUUCAACCGCAAUGAGCGGGAUCGAGGUCAAGGAUCUCAAACAGCUGGGCAACCAAGACUGUUUUCCAUGAGAAGAGAAGAAGCUGACGCGGCACCUGAAGUGGUGACUGGUAUGAUCUCGCUUUACCACCAGCCCGCUUUUGUGUUAUUUGAUUCCGGUUCCACGCACUCUUUCAUUUCUACCAAGCUUGCUAGAACCUUAGGGAUUCCAUUUGUGAGGUUGGGGCAGAAUUUAAGGGUCAGGACCCCAGUGGGGGAUACCCUUAUAGUAGACUCAGUCAUUCGGGACUGUGUUAUCACUGUGGCGGGACACGAAUUCGAAGCGAACCUAAUUCUACUACCCUUCGACGAGUUUGAUGUCAUCUUGGGUAUGGAUUGGCUGUCAAAGAAUAGAGCAAAUGUGGACUGCUACAAGAAGGAGGUUAGCCUGGAGGUAGAAGGAAAGGGCACUGCUUUGUUCAAAGGGACUAAGAAGCUUAUCCCUGGGUGCUUAAUCUCCGCGGUUAAGGCAUUCUCAUUAAUUCAAGAAGGAUGUGAAGCAUAUUUGGCUCAUGUCAAGGAGGUGCAAGAGAAAAAGAUAGAAGAUGUACCUAUCGUAAGGGAAUACCUUGAGGUAUUUCCCGAAGAACUUCCUGGGCUACCGCCACAACGGGAGGUGGAAUUUGAUAUUGAAGUGAUUCCUGGCACAGCACCGAUAUCUAUUCCUCCAUACUGAAUGGCGCCAGUAGAACUAAAGGAGUUGAAGGAGC